ACCAAAUGGGGCGGAGUUUAUUUCUGUGCUCGCAGCAGGAAAUAAUGCACAAAUAAUGGUGGUUGCAUGCGCCAAUGUUGCAGAUUCUACCACCCUUGCCCUGGUGGCUGCAGCUCAACAAACCGGAGGACGAGUCAUUUGCAUCCUCCGGGGCAUAGAAGAAUUACAUCUCUCCAAAAUGGCUCUACGCACGAAUUCUAGUCACCUUGAGUUUGUUGUUGCGAACACUCAUACUCUACAGAUGCUGCUGCCAAAUUACUACAAAGAUGCUGAUUUCAUAGCUGUGGAUUGUAAUAUUCAAAAUCAUGAGGAAAUUCUUGGAUCGUUGCGAAAAAGCAGUAGGGAUAAAAGUGCCAUUGUUUUGGGGUACAAUGCUUUUCGUAAGGAGUCGUGGAGGAGCAGCCCUUUGCGGACACAAUUGUUGCCUAUAGGAGAAGGGCUGUUGCUGACCAAAGUAGCUGCAAAGGCGAAAAAGGGUACUGAUCGGGGAACGGAAAAUAGAGGACACUGGAUCGUUAAAGUAGAUAAAUGCACUGGGGAAGAACAUGUAUACAGAGUAAAAUCUCCUCGAAGAAGAAUGAUUGAAGCCUAAAUCUUGAUAGAUUAUAACAGCUAUGCUAGUCUGUUUAGAGAACUUUAGUAGAUUGGAAUUGUAAAUAGUUAUUGGAAGACAUUUGAUGUAGAACAAUUCAGAUC